UGAGCCCGGAGGGGCCGCACGUGCCGUGGGGCGUCUUCCCGGCCCGGCCCUGCAUGCAGCGCCCCCGGCCCCGCGGGGGCUCCCCCGGCAUGAGCAGCGGGCGCUAGAGGCCGCAGCAUGGCCGGCAGCGGCUACACGGACCUGCGCGAGAAGCUCCAGUCCAUGAUGCCCUACCGGGACGGCCACAAAGGCGGCGGUGGCCCCCGGGAGCUCGGGGACGCCCCUGCCGCCAAGCGCAAAUACCAGGCGGCGUCGGACUCGGAGCCCAGCGACUACGAGGAGGCGGCGGAGAAGGAGGAGGAGGAGGAGGCGCGCAAGGUGAAGAGCGGCAUCCGGCAGCUGCGGCUCUUCGGCCCCGAGGAGUGCGCCAAGAUUGAGGCGCGCAUCGAGGACGUGGUGUCGCGGGCCGAGAAGGGGCUGUACAAGGAGCACACGGUGGACCGGGCCCCCCUGCGCAACAAGUACUUCUUUGGCGAGGGCUACACCUACGGGGCGCAGCUGCAGCGCCGCGGCCCCGGGCAGGAGCGGCUGUACCCGCGGGGCGAGGUGGACGCCAUCCCCGAGUGGGUGCAUGACCUGGUGAUCCGCCGGCUGGUGGAGCACCGGGUGAUCCCUGAGGGCUUUGUGAACAGCGCCGUGAUCAACGACUACCAGCCCGGCGGCUGCAUCGUCUCGCACGUGGACCCCAUCCACAUCUUCGAGAGGCCCAUCGUCUCCGUGUCUUUCUUCAGCGACUCUGCGCUCUGCUUUGGGUGUAAGUUCCAGUUCAAGCCCAUCCGGGUCUCUGAACCCGUCUUGUUCCUGCCUGUGAGGAGAGGGAGUGUCACUGUGCUCAGUGGAUACGCAGCUGAUGAAAUUACACACUGUAUUCGACCACAAGACAUCAAGGAGAGGAGGGCCGUUAUCAUCCUUAGAAAAACAAGACUAGAUGCUCCUCGAUUGGAAACAAAAUCGCUGAGCAGCUCUGUGUUGACAGCAGGUUACACCUCUGACCGACUGUCAGGAACCAACAGGGACCAGAUCCUGAAACCAAAGCGGUCCCAUCGGAAAGCAGAUCCUGAUGCUGCUCACCGGCCUCGGAUUUUAGAAAUGGAUAAAGAAGAGAACAGGCGUUCGGUCCUCUUACCAAAACACAGGAGACGAAGCAACUUCAGCUCAGAGAACUAUUGGCGAAGGUCUUACGAGUACACGGAGGACUAUGACGAGGAGGAGGAGGAUGGAAGUCCAGCCAGGAAGGUUAAAAUGAGGCGACAUUGAGGAAUGGGCUUCUGAGGGUCCCAGAGCUGGAGAGAAGGGCCUCUGAUCUGUGAAAACUUUCCCCCUCCAGCUAUUUUCCAUCUAGCUUCAGUUUUUGGUUUUGUUCUUUCCUUUCAGCUGAUGAGUCCUUGGAAAGGAUCUGGCUGGCUGCGUUACGAAUGGAGUAAAACUGAGGCACGCGUAGCACUGGGACGUGUGUGGUGCCACCCACGGUUUCCCGAGUAGUGGGUCAAACACAGCUGCUUUCCCUCCCGAAGCAGUGAAUGUCAGAGCUGGGCCGGGCUGGCUGUUGGCAUUUUUUAUUUUCCCCCAAACACCAAAAAAGUGAGAGGUUUCCUUGCUGGAAAGUCACAAAACGUUGGGGUUUUUUUUUUCCUUUUGCUUUAACUUGUGUUUUUGUUUCUUUUCACGUGUUCUAAAUCUGCUGUUUGACCCCAAGAAUUGUAACUCUCGUGGCCUCCUACUCCAUGCUACACCAAAGGGCUCCUCAGUCUGCUAUUAUAUAGUGAGGGUUUUUUUCUUUAUUUUUUUUUUGUUAAGGGUGCCCUGCAGUAACUGGAAAUUCGAAGCUUUGCAGACACCUCUCGCUGCAUCCGGUUACAGAGCGUUUAGGACAUUUGUUGCACUUUAGUAACAGUUUUUAAAUGCCAUAUACUCCCCUUCCAGCCCCCAUCCUCCAGCUCGCUUGGCCUCGCCAGCAUCCUGUCUUCUGCGCUGCUAACUAAAAGGUAUGUUUUCUCUGUGAAGAGCAGCCGUAAACUUGUGCCCACAGAGGCUGGUUCUGAGGGCUCAUCGCAGAGAGAAUAGAGCCUUUAGGAACUGAAGUAAUUGUCUGCUAGACCUUUGUCUGUAACUGCAUACGUGCAGGUUUCCUUUCCAGAGGUGUGUUGUUUGGACCCUAAACAUAGUGUCCUGCUUGGCUUUGAGACCUGUUGUGCCAGGGGACUGAGAUCUGUAUCGGAGCCCCUGGGACUUUGAGUAUGAAGAUGACGCGCGCGCGUGUGUGUGUGUGUGCGUGCGUGCGUGCAUGUGUGUGUGUGUUGGGUACAUGCUUUCCCCUUCUCCAAGUGAGAGACUAGCCAGAACGAUCUGUCGGGGUAACGUUGCACUGUGAGGGGGCCUGACUGGGGAGCACGGUAGGACGUGCUCUCUCUGUGCAGGCAGGAGCUUGCCCUCCUGGGUCCUCACCCGCUUGAUCCAAGACGGCGUUCUCUCCCGAGUGCCUCGUUUGAGGACACCCCAGAGCUUUGCAACAGCCUGAGGAAUCUGCUGGACUUCACUGCAGAGGUGUGCUCCAUGAUAUUGCCCGAGUAGUGCUAGCAGUCCUGUUCUUGCUUUGGUGUUUGCAGUUGGCUUGGUGGUGGGAGGUUGGGGGUCUCCAAACCUGCUUAGUUCUGCUGCUCGGCUUUCCCCGGCAAACGCAGGAACUGCUGGACGAUGCCUGUAUUCUGCUGAUUUGAAUGUCAGUAUGAAUUCCUGGUGCAGAAAGCUCCAUGGCUUGAAAAACAGUACUGAAGAGGUCAUCUUUGUGGCGCACAGGAGUUGAGGUUAGAAUAUCAGAAGUCCCUCCAUGCUUCCUGCUUGUCUUUGCGCCCACAUGGCUGCAUUAUCCUGGCUUAGAGCCUCCUUGUAAUAACACAUUUAGAAACCUAACUUUAACAAACAGGGGGUAGAAAGAAACCCUCUCUGAAUUCAGUAUCUUGAAGCCAGGUAUCAGCAGCUGCAAGGAGUGGUCUUUUUUUUCAAGUUGUCUUAAACUCUUUAAAAAUUGCAGCUCUCUUUGGUUGUGUGUUCAGUGCUCUCUGCUGGUCUGCACGCUUCACAGGAAAAGGAUCGAAUACAUUUUGAAUACAGCCUGAUGCUCUCACUGAGGCGUUUUCAGCCCACCAGGCCUUGUUCCUUCAUGUGCUGUUAGAAAUCUAGCAUGCUUGCCCACCUCUUAGUUCUUAUGCAUGCCUUUUUCUUCUCCUGGCCCCUAGUGAUGGUCCUGUUGCAAACAUAACUUCAGGAGAACUUUUAUCCGCAUGAGACUCGAGCCCUUUGGGGGUUAUCUGUCAUCCUUCAGCCUGGUGUUUGGAUUGCGUUUCUGCUGCAGAACUCCAAUUCGCAUGCCUCAAAGAUGAGAGGAGCCUGUUUGCCCAUCGAGCGAGCCCCACCGCUUCUGCCCUGGUGUGGAAGUUCAUACUUCUGGUUGCCUUCAGGAUGUCAGCUGAAUUUGAAAAUUGAGGCUUGUCUUUAAAGCUGGCAUUUCUCUGCCCUUUCGCUUGUUGGCUUUGUCAGCAGGCCAACUCCAAGCCAUCCUCACACUCAGUAGGGGAGUGCUUUCUUUGGGGACAUUGGGUUUUUCUGAGUGUUUGAAACUAGCCCGUAUACUGGAUCCACGGCGUUACCAUUUAUGGCAGACACCCUAAACAUCAGCCCCUCUACAAGAUGGUGGCUGGUCGUGGGAGGCUUAGGAGUGCUUGUUUUUUUUCUGAACUAGGCGGUUUUUGGAUUUGCAUUUUAAAAGCCCCAUCGCUUCUAAGGGGCUGUGCUGAGCCCCUCCUGCUGUACAAUAGCUCAGUGUUUCUGCUUAAACAUAGUUCUGGCUGGAUGAAUAGAAAUGGUAGUAACCAGUGCUUCUCUUUCCUCCUAUUACAUGCAGUGGAUCCUUCUACCCAUGCUGCUUUCAGCCUGCCCCUGCAGUCUGGCUCUCCAUCUUCAAAUGAAGUUGGUUUCAGUUUUUCCUCUGAGGUGACAAUUUGGUGAGGCUCACUGAUGGGGCCACUAAUAGAGCACGGUUCGCUGUGUUACCUAGAGUGGAAUAAGGUAUUGGAUUUUUCUCGGGAAAGGAGCAGUAGACCUACUAAUGUCUCAUGCAUCAAGGUCUUUCCUCUAGCAAGGUAUAACGACACCUCAUUCCAUCCCCUUGUGUGCAGCAGGGGUACAUUCGUUGCGUUUAUUUUGUAUUCCUCCAUGCAACCUUUUUUCUGCUUCUCCAUCUUCACGCUUCAUUUAGUUCUACAGCUUUUGAGCGAGCAGCAGUGCCCCUUGGGGUUAGCGUCAAAUCUGUGUUUUUUCUUUGGUUGCAACAUUGACGUGUUGGCAAAAUUGGGGCAUGACUAGUUGUGACUCCUGAUGCUGUCUGUGGGCUGAAGUCGCCCCGUGUGUCUGCAGACCAUCCUCCCCAGGUGGACAGAUAUUUUAUACAGACCCACGUAUGUAUAUGUGUAGAUGCACGUUCUUAGUUCUUUUGUACUGAUCCACAUCCAAAAGAAACCUUCAUUCAGACACUUUGAGAAUCUAUGUCUUCACACCGAGCUCAAUAUCAAGUGACAGGAGACUCCCUAAUCUGACAACAGCUCAGGAAAUUCAUCCCACCCACAUCUUGCUUUGAUAGCUGUAUGUCUCUGCUCUGUGAGGCCAGGUCAAACUUUCAGGGCACUGCCCUGAUGUGGAAAACACCCAGAACCCAAGCAAUUCACUUUUUUAAUUAGGAAUCACCCAUGUUCCAGCUGCCUCCCUGCUCUAAGUGGUAAAAAGCUGGAAGUGGGGUCAUGACCACCUGUGCAAUGUGAAAGAGAGCUGGUGACUUAGCAAAGCCUCAGUCACGGGCUUGAUCCACUUGGUUUUAAUCGUCUUUCCUGAGAGCGCACCAUAAUGCAGUCAGGUUUCCUCUCUGUAACCCAGAAGCGUGUAGUAUGUGUGACCUGUCCAGCAGCCAGCACCCUAAAUCAAAGGCACUGCCAAAUUACAAAAAAAAAAAAAAAAAAAUCCCAAAGACCACGGCAGUAUUUUUCUUCACUAAGGAAGGGAAAUGCUUUCUGCUUCUUUGCAGAUAAAUGAUGGGGAGGAAUUUUGUACUUUUGCUGCUGUUAUCGUUGGGCUGCAUGCAAGUGAAAGGAGUCUUAAAAAAACCCCCGAGUUUGUUGCAUGGUGAGUCCAGAAAAAAGCGGCUGUUGGCUGGUCCCUGAGAAGGAGAGUGAUGUUAUAGGGAUGCUUUUUUGAGACUCCUCCUUCUGAGGUCGUCGUUGCUUUGAUGGUGCCAGAUGCUUGGAGGGCACUUCGCGUUAACAGGAUCCAGUCAAGUGAGACGUACCCGCAGCAAGGUCAUAGCUGCCACAUCUGACUUCUCACCUGCGAAGUUCUAGUCCAGCCGGUGCAAGUCACUGAGUCACGAGAUGCAUGAGCUGUAAUCCAAAGGCUUGGUUCAUCUUUGAAGGUUGGGCUGCCUAACCAGCUUUUGAAGGUUGACCUGUAUUUUGGCAAGCAAUGCACACACCUGAGUUUCCCGUGCCAGGAGCUUCUGCUGGGACACAGGGUGACAAACACAUGCAGGCACAAGCUGACUAUUUUUUUUUCUUUCCAUUUUUGGUUUUGAAUCUCAUACAAAGCAUCUUCCAGUAUUUUCUGUGCAGGGAAAGGGGGAGUGGGGGGUGGAGUUCUUUGUUCUUUGUUUUUAAUGCUGUUAGUAUGUGCUGUUGAUAGCGAUGCUUGCUGGAGAUGGGUCUAAACCCACCCCCCAGUUUCAUAUGGCCAUGAAACUCGGGGGAAAAGUUCAAAGCUGGCCCUGGACUCUGGUUUGGACCUGCCCCCAGUGACGGCUAGUUUUAUAUGCCAAAUGCAAUUUCCCUUUCCCAGUUGGAAGGAGAGCCAGCAGCCCGACGCGUCAGCUGGCCCCCAGCAUCCUCCCCGUCCCCCACACGCGCGCACACACCUGAAGUUCUGGCUGACUUUUGUUUUGUUUUUUAAAGAUUCUCUAAUUUUUUUGUUACAAAUAAAGAAAGUGGCAAUAUUUUUUCUGUAAGUUUUUUCAUAGGAGAGCGUGGUUUGUAACAAAAGUUGUACAGUUCUGACGUUUGAGAUACACAAAAAAAAAAUAAUAAAAAAAAAGUCCUGUGUGGAACACUGUAAAUGGGCAGAGAUUAUUUUAUGUACAGUACAAUGCGGGGGGGGAAUCUUUUAAUUCCGGUUGAUUCUUAGGAAGACUUUAGUUCUUCACUGUCAGGGUUUGAAGUUUCAUGGAUUUCAUUUUUUUUUUUUUCCUUGUAUAGAAUGCUGCAUUUAAUUGAAUAAAAGCAGAAAGCAUCAC